AUGAAAUUUAUCUUCCAGGUUUUCGCGGCGGCGGCUUUCGUGGCAGGUGGUGCUACAGCCUUGGAGAAGGGAGUUCUACUGGGACAGACUUUCGGUGGACCCCAUGGCGACAAGUUCUCGGAUCUGGAAAAAGUUUCCCCUGGCCAAACUGUGCGUUCUAUCACGAUUCGCUCUGCCGACCGCAUCGACGCCGUCAGCCUGGAAGUGGUGGACCCAUCGGGACAGAAAACCACCCUGUACCACGGCGGCGACGGUGGUGACUCGAACACCAUCCUUCUAGGUGCUGACGAGCACAUCAUCGGCGUCCAAGCACACUGGGGGAAGUACUACCGCAAAACGCGCAUCAUGUACAUCGAGUUCACCACUGACAAGGGAAACACCAUUUCUGGCGGAACUCCAACCGAUAACGUUGGAAAAGACAUCGCGCCAGAAGGAUACCAGUUGGGCGGCUUGGCUGGCUACUGCGGUAACGAGCUUGACUCGCUGGGAGCUAUUUGGACCAGCAUUGAACCAGUAGACGGCAACAUACAACUUAACUUGCAGUUUUAG